AUGACUUUAUUCUCGACCUUGCCCCUUGGCCUAGGCGGCUCGUCUAUUGGAGCUGUGCUCUUCGUAGGCGGCCUUAUCUCCGGACUUUUGGUAGUCAUAUACCGUCUGACACUGCACCCUUUGGCCUCAUUUCCAGGACCAAAGCUCGCCGCUGCAACAGGUUUAUACGAGACAUACUUUGAGGUGUUCAAGGAUGGCGGUGGCAGAUACUGGGCAGAGAUCGAGGAGAUGCACCGUAUAUAUGGGCCCAUUGUCCGUAUAAGCCCUUGGGAGGUGCAUAUCAACGAUUCAGAUUGGAAUGGGGUCUACAAGUACUCGUCGAAAGCAGCGAAGCCGACCUGGUUCUACCUACGCUUCUUUGGCAUGUUCCCUAGCACGAACUCGGCCGAGUCUCAUGCCCUGCACCAGCAGCGUCGCGCUCCCUUGAAUGCCUACUUUGCAUCUACCAACAUCCAGAAGUUCCAGCCGCAGGCACAGGGACAGAUCGACAAGCUGGUUGCGCGUCUCAGAGCUGCCGAGGGAUCUGUCGUAAGCCUAAGCGAUGCAUUUCGGUGCUUGGCUACUGACAUUGCUACCGGUUUCUGUUUCGGCCGGCCAUUCGGCCAUUUGGACGAGCCUACUUUUGACCACGAGUUCAACCUCACAGUACGCACGGUUGUAAGGGCCAGCAUGUGGAGUCGCCAUAGUUUUGGACUAUUUAUUCCUUUGAUGCACAGUAUCCCGGACAGCUUUCAGAAGAAGAUGAAUCCUGCGUUCAGCAGAAUCAAGUGGAUGAAGGAGACAAUGUCAGGCUGUGUCUCACGUUCAAUGCACAAGGCCGAGCCCGCACCUGGUGAGCAAAUGGACAUGGUUCAGACAGUCCUGCAGUCGUCACUCCCAGCCGAGGAAAAGACUUUCCUUCGGCUUCUAUCUGAGACGCGCAGUGUCAUUAUGGCUGGCACAGAGACGACUGCCAGUGUGCUGAUCUGCAUCACUGCCUGUUUAUUGAGAGAUCCUGCCAUGCUUGCACAGCUACGACAGGAGCUGGUUGCUGCCGAGGCCGAGGUCGGCUUCCCAAUCAACUACACGAAGCUCAAAGAAAUGCCCUUCCUGACCGGCAUCGUCAAUGAGGGUCUGCGCGUCACUAACCCAACGCCAUCCCGUCUGCCACGUGUCUGUGAAACCCAGGACCUCAAGUACAGAGAGUGGAUCAUCCCUCGAGGUACGAGCAUCAGCACAACCUGUCAAGACGUGCACAACGACCCCAAGAUCUUUGAACGACCUCUGGAAUUUUUGCCAGGCCGCUGGGAGAACCUAGAGGCUCGCCGUGCACUCAACAAGUAUCUGAUCCCAUGGGGCCGUGGCACUCGCCUAUGUCUAGGCAUGGAGCUUGCGACCAUGGAUCUGUACUGCACAGUAGCACGAAUUUUCAGCCCAAGUGUCGGGUUUGACAUGACGCUGUUCGAUACCACCGAUGAGGACUGGAAGGCGUACCAUGAGUGGUUCGCGUGCUUUCCGAAAGGCAAGGGCCUGGAUGUGAUGAUUAGGCGGACUGGGGAAGCUUGA